CCAAGACAGCAUCUGCUCCAACCACAGCCCUGUUACCCUCACUGACACCACCUUCCGCCACGCGGCCUCUCGUCCACUUCAGCACCCAUCGGGUGACGCUUAUAUUUUAUUGUUGUUUCUCUUUUGCUUUUCCCUCCCUUCUCCCCAACUCCCGCCCUCUUCUCUUCUCUCACUCUGAUCCAGUCCCUCAUCGCCGCCAAUUCCUCUCCGGCCAUCUCCUCAUCGGAUCCUCCUCCAUUCAGGCCAUGACUGCUUUCACUCCCCGCCAUCGAUCCGACUGGUUCGUCCUCGCCGCCAGCUCCGAGUAGAUCUUGCGUCGCCGGAGUUUCGCUUAUUCAUUUCCUUUCCGGCGGUUCUUCCGAGAUAAGAUAUGGAAGAUCGAAACGUGAGAAUGAAUACUGGAAUGUCCCAUGUGAUGCCGUACAUCAAAGACUCGAAGGACCGGGACACCGUGUCGUUGGUGUGCCGACGGUGGUACGAGCUGGACGCGCUCACGCGCGAGCACGUGACCAUCGCGCUCUGCUACACGACGACUCCCGAGAGGCUCAGGAGGCGGUUCCGGCAGCUCAAGUCGCUGAAGCUCAAGGGAAAGCCGAGGGCGGCGAUGUUUAAUCGGAUACCGGAGGAUUGGGGAGGCUAUGUGACGCCGUGGGUGGAGGAGAUUGCCGAGUCGUUUAAGAGCUUGAAGGCCUUGCAUUUCCGGAGAAUGAUUGUGAGUGAUUCCGACCUGGAGCUAUUGGCGCGGUCACGCGGCCGUGAGCUCCAAUCGCUUAAGCUCGACAAGUGCUCCGGGUUUUCGACUGACGGCCUUGUCCACAUCGCCCGCUUCUGCAGAUUGACAGAGUGCAUAGUAAUUGGGACACAAGCCUACACCACCAAAUUCAUGGAAAAUAAAGACGAUGAAUCUUGUUAUCAACAUUGUAGUAACACUGAGAAUGAGCAAAGAGGAUGUGAAGAUGAUGCAAUUGAUGGUGAGACUAAUGAGGAACCUGAAUAUGAUACUCAAGAGGCCAGUAGCGAUACUCAAGUGCCCAGUGAUGAUGAACACGGGGAUUCUAGUUUAGAAGGUUUAUGUAUCUUGGAUGGUAAGAAGCAAGCAGGAGGUGAGAAUAUCCCAGUUCUUGGUAUGAGUUUUGAAAGUGAUCAAGAUGCAUAUGACUAUUAUAAUUCAUAUGCUAGAGUUGUUGGGUUUAGUGUGCGAAGGUUGAGAAGCAACAAAUAUAAGCAUACUAAUGUGACAUGGAAAAGAGAAUUUUGUUGCUCUUGUGAAGGAUUCUAUACAAAAAAGAACACUCCAGAGAAGAAAAGAGAAGAAAGAAGAUUUGGAUGUAAGGCAAUGCUUCAGAUCAAACUAAAUGAAGAUGGGAAAUUUGUUGUCACAAAGUUUGAAGCUGAGCAUACCCAUGAUCUUGUUCCUGAAUCAAGUUCACAUGUCUUAAGGUCACAAAGAACCAUAGAACCUUCUCAAGGUGGUUUGAUGAAUCAAAUGCACUUUGCAGGGUUCAAACCAUCACAGAUCUUUUCAUACCUGACCGUCGAAGCAGGAGGACCGGAAAAUCUAAAUUUCCUUCAGACCGAUUGCAAUAACUUCAUUCAAAGAAGGCGGGCAAAGUUUUUGAAAAAAGGUGAUGCUCAAUGUUUGCUUGAUUACUUUAAGAAGAAGCAAAUGGAGGAUAAGUCAUUUUUUUAUGCAAUUCGAACAAACAUCGACAAUGAAAUAUGUGGUUGUUUUUUUUGUGAUGGAAAAUCAAGGAGUGAUUAUACUAUAUUUGGUGAUGUGGUUGUCUUUGAUACAACCUUCAAAACCAACAAGUAUGACAUGGUUUGUGCUCCAAUUGUUGGAGUUAAUCAUCAUGGUCAAACAAUUCUAUUUGGCUGUGGAUUAUUAGAUGGGGAGACCACAGAGGCAUGCAAAUGGUUCUUUGAUGUUUUCCUACAAGCUAUGGGAGGAAAAAAACCAAAGACAAUAUUUACAGAUCAAGCUGCAUCGAUUGCUAGUGCAAUUAGGGAAGUACUACCUAAUUCUCACCAUCGUCUUUGUUUGUGGCACAUAUAUCAAAAUGCUGCAAAACACUUGAGUCAAGUCUUUACGAAGUUCUCCACAUUUUCACAAGCUUUCAAAAGUUGCAUAUAUGAUCCAGAGAGUGUUGAAGAGUUUGAAUCGAGUUGGAAAGAUCUACUUGAUUAUUAUGAUUUGAAAGAAAAUGAGUGGCUAAAAGACUUGUAUAACUUGCGUGAGAAGUGGGCACAAAUUUAUGGCCGAUGCAACUUUUGUGCAGGUAUGACAACAACUCAGAGAAGUGAAAGUAUAAACAAGACUUUGAAAAAGUUCUUUUAUAAGAACCUUAUUCUUUGUGAGUGGGUGGUACACUAUGAGCGUGCUUUAGUUGAUCGAAGAGAAAAGGAGAGGCUAGCAGAAGUUGCAACUACGCAAAGAAAGCGAAAACUUCUGUCUAAUUGGAAAGUGGAGGUUGAAGCAGCAAAGAUGUACACAAAAGCAAGUUUCAAUUGUUUUCAAGAAGAGUUUCGAAAAUGUUUGGACUUGAUACUGGAAUUAGAGAGUGAUGAUGGGAGAAUAGAAACAUAUGUGGUUCAAAGACCAGGGAAUCCAAACUUGAGAAGGUCAGUCAUCUAUUCCCCCUCAAAUCAGUCAGUUAAUUGUAGUUGUAAGAGAUUUCAGUUUGAAGGGAUUCUUUGUGCACAUGCAUUAAAAUUAUUCCGUGAGUUAGGCUUGUCAACAUUACCAUCCAAGUACUACUUAAAAAGAUGGAGACGAGAUGCUAGACAAGGAGUUGAUCUUGAAUGUUAUGGGGAAGCAAAUUUUAGUGAUCGGAGCGCAUCUUCUGCACUCCAAUAUAGUCACUUGUCUCAUAUAGCACAAAGAAUUGUAGCGAAAGGUGCAAAGGAUAAACAAUCGUCCACCUUGGUGGAGUCUAAAUUGUUGGAGUUGGAGGCAGAAUUGGAUGGCAAUUUAUCCAUUGGACAAGAACAUGAAACAAAUGGUGAUAUAGAUUCAAACGAUCAAGUGAAUGAAAAUAAUGCAAAUCUGGUUUUGCGUGAUCCAAAAGUUAAGAGGGGUAGAAGGCGUGGCAAAGGUAAGAGAAAUAAUGAUUUGGGAUCUAAGAAGCAAUCAAAACUGAGAUCUUCAUCAGUGCGGCGAGAACAAGAGGAUGGUCCAGUACCCCUUAAAGAACAAAAUGUCUCUGUAUCAAGGAAAAGGAAAACUCCAUCUAAAAGAAAAGAUUCUCAGGAACCCAACUCAUAUGAACAUGAGAAGACUGGCCCUUCAAAUUCAUAUGAACAUGUUCAGGGAUCAAUUGGAUUGGUUAAUCAAAAUCAAUCAAAUAUGCCCUUCAUAAAUCCUGGAUUUCCAACAACUUUUGGUCCUCAAGGCAUUCCCUCGCAUUAUCCUUAUGGAUUUCCACCAACAACUUCCAGUGUACAAGCAAUGCCUAAUCAAUCACAUGACAUUCCCUCGCAUUAUCCUUAUGGAUUUCCACCAACAGCUUCUAUUGUUCAUGCAAUUCCAAGUCAAUCACUUGGUUACCAACCUAUUCGUCCAAUGUUUGAUUAUUCACUUAUGUAUUCACAGGCUAUCAUCCAACCAAGACCUCAAGGACCAGCUCACCAACUGAAUUUUCCAGAUCCAUCGACAUCUUAAGCACCAAUAUUGCAGCUAGCUAGAAUUGAAAAGAAAAGAAGUUUUGAAGCCAUUUUAUGAGUAGCUGGUCUGUUUUUUUAUAUUUGUAGUAUGUCUAUUACUUCUAUCAAACUAUUAAAGUGAUAGAGGAAUUUAUGUAGAAGUGAAAUGUACAUUCAACUUGGAUGUUUUCUUAAUUUCAUUUAUCAAGCUACCUAGCUAUUUCAUUUUGA